AUGCCCAUAGGGAGGCUGCCCGCACUGAGAUUUUCGGUUGGGGCAGGUGACGCAGGAGAAGAAGGCGGCGGCGGCGGUGCAGCCGGAGGGGAAGGUGGUGCAGCUGGAGGAAGAUACUGCUCCGCUGGAAGCAAGGACGACGGCGUCGGAGGAGAAGGCGGCUCAACUGGGGGAGAUGGAGGUGCUGCCGGGGGAGAAGGUGGCUCGACUGGAGGCAGAGACGGUUCCACUGGAGGUGAGGAAGGUUCGACCGGAGAUGAGGGAGAUUCUGCUACGGAAGAGGAUUGGGCUGCAGGCUCCAAUGCCUCAGUGGUGACGGGUGCCGCAGAAGAAGACUCAGGCGCAACAGCUGGUGUAAGUGAAGCCGGAGUAGAUAUGACAGAAGCAAUCGAAGAGGGAGUCGUCUUUGGUAGAGCGGCCUGA